GAAAGGAGGUGGAAAAUUCAGAGUAAAGUAACCACAAGGGCAGGAUAUUCUAUAGUGGAGCGCCCAAGACCGGAGGCCUUUUUUACUACAAAUAUGGUUACUUCCACCUGUGCUGUUCCCGAAGGCUUCACCGAAUUAGAGGUGUUUAGCAUUGGCACCGCCUUGCUGGUAGAAGCAUUACUUGGGUUCUGUCUGAACGGACUGACUAUCGUCUCCUUCCAUCAAAUCAAAGAGCUCCGGACUCCUGGUAACUUCCUGGUUUUCAACCUUGCCUUAUGCGAUUGCGGGAUCUGCAUCAACGCAUUGAUUGCUGCUUUCUCUAGCUUUCUAAGACACUGGCCCUAUGGCUCUGAUGGUUGCCAGCUGCAUGGGUUUCAUGGAUUUUUAAUGGCACUGACCAGCAUCGGGUCUGCAGCAGCUGUUUCCUGGGACCGAUACCAUCAGUACUGCUCCAGAAGUAAACUCCAGUGGAGUUCGGUCAUCUCCAUGGUGCUCUUUCUGUGGCUGUUUGGGGCCUUUUGGUCUGCGAUGCCACUUUUGGGGUGGGGUGAAUAUGACUACGAACCCCUCAGAACAUGCUGUACGUUGGACUACACCAAAGGAGACAGAAACUACAUCACAUAUCUUAUUCCUCUGGCCUUUUUCAAUUUUAUGAUUCCGGCUUUCAUCAUGUUGACAGCCUACCAAUCCAUAGACCACAAGUUCAAGAAAACUGGACAAUUCAGGUUUAACACAGGCUUGCCCGUGAAAUCGUUGGUUAUUUGCUGGGGCCCGUACUCAGUGUUAUGCUUCUAUGCGGCAGUUGAAAAUGUGACUUUUAUCUCACCCAAAAUCCGAAUGAUUCCUGCUGUCAUUGCUAAGAUGUCUCCCGCCGUGAACGCUCUCAUCUACGCCUUGGGGAAUGAGAACUACAGAGGGGGGAUCUGGCAGUUCCUUACGGGACAGAAGAUCGACAAAGCCGAAGUGGACAACAAAACCAAAUAACGUGUUAAUUUAGCCAAGGGCCUCUUCACAGAUUCUGUUUAUUUUUGAGAUGCACAGAUAAGAUUUGAUUCCAAAGUAUGUGCCUAAAAAAAAGUGUGAGAAAGUCACAGAGGUACAAAUUAUUCAGGUUGUCUUUGUCAGGACCUAACCAGGUGGGAUGCUUACACCUGUUCCCAAAUGCUACAGUUUUCUUCACAGUGGGGCCAUUUCCAUUCUUAAAACCCUACAGUGGUUUUAGGAUGAAACUUCCCUCCUGAUAUCGUCCUGAUCUGCAUCAGGAUGCUAGGUGACUAUAAUUCAAUUCUUAAAAAAUCAACAGAGAUCAACAGUCCCUUUGUCAUCUAGCUUGAACCUGGGGAAAAUGUGUAGCCACUAGCAACUACUAGCAGAAAUAGGGUUGCCAUUUGCCACAUGGUGCCUGGAGUUCUCCCAGAAUUAUAACUGAUCUCCAGAAAACAGAGAUCAGUUUCCCUGAAGAAAAUGGCAACUUUGGAUGGUGAACUCUAUGGUAUUAUACCCAGAAGAGGUCCCUCCCUUCCCCACACCCUGCCCGCUCUGGGCUCCACUCCCCAAAUCUCCAGGAAUUUCCCAAGCCAGAACUGGCAACCCUAAGUGGAAAUCAUGCUCAUUUCUAUCAGUGAAUAGCCAUUCCACAUGGGAAAUGUUCACUAUUGUCUGCAAGUAGUUAUUGAAGAAGAAGAAGAGUUUGGAUUUAUAUCCCCCCUUUCUCUCCUGCAGGAGACUCAAAGGGGCUCACAAUCUCCUUGCCCUUCCCCCCUCACAACAAACACCCUGU